AUGGUAGCUUCAAUGACUCAGACAUUGCAACUCCAACUUCACAUCAUUCUUCUGAAUACACUAACAGAUCAGAUGAUCACAGCUGAUAGAUGGGCAUUACUGAUAUCCAAUCCAAUUUAUGCGAAGGAAGAUCGAGGCCAAAAGAGGUCAACAACUUUAGGCGAACUGCUCAGCUUUCCUAAAGUAGAGAAGGAAGAUGAGGGCGCCAGAGGAUUAACAGUUUCAAGCAGUAGACCAUUUGGUGAAGAGCAAGACCCUAGUUUUUCAGCAGCAUGUUUUGGUAACAUGAGGACUUUGUCAAGGUCUAAAUCUUUAUCAUCGUCUUUGGUUAAUGAACAAUGCACUGGAUUGAACACAGAGGCAUCUGAGGAAGACCAACCAAGUCCUGAUUCAGUUUUAGCAGCACCAUUUGAGGAUGCCUCUCGUUCAUCUGAAAGCAAUCAUGAUAGAAACUCUCGACUACUGUCGAGAUCAAUACCGAUAAGGUCAGUAUCGCGACACUUUACAUGGGACGAUACUGACAUGGAAUCUGCCGCAUUACAAUCAUCCCAAGAACGCACCAAAUCAUUGCUCAAAUCAAAUGAAGAAGAGCAAAAAUGGUUCAACUUCAUCCACAACAUGUUGGACAGCAACAACUUCACUCAAUUGGAUUCACCGAAAGAAGUGAAUCAAAGACUCAUGUUUGAUUGUGUUAAUGAAGCUCUAUCUGAAAUCAGUAAGAAUGCAACAAUGGUUGCAUAUCCUGGGAUCAGAGCUUGUAAUGGCCUCUGGAAACAAAGUUCAAGUUCUAGUAACCAUUUGUCGACGCAAGUGUGGGAGUUAUUAAGGUAUUGGAUGAGUAAUACUGGGAGCAAUGCAUUAGAAGUGGUGUAUAAGAAUGUGAAGAGAGAGGUAGGAGGGAGUGAAUGGGAUGAGAAGAGUUGGAGGGAGAUGGUGGUGGUUAUUGAAGAGGUUUGUGAUGAGGUUUUGGGAGAGUUCAUCGGAGAAGUGUUGGCGUUCUAGUUGUGUAACUCUGACGAAUUUUUUGUAGUGUUUAUGUAAUCUUCACAGCCUUUCAAUUUUUGUGAGUUAUUAUAGAGCUUAAAACUGUAUAUAUGAGACUAUUUUGAUUGCUACCUUCAUUUUAUUAUAAUUUGUCAUACAAUAAACCAUCCAGCAACAGUAACAUCACUGCAACAA